AAACAAAGCAAGACAAAGAAUACUGUGGUAGAAUUCUGUUAAAAAGAAUGCAGGAUCCAUAGAUGUUGCUGUAGAAGGCCAGCUGGGCCACAGAAGAGCAUGAAGUGUGCUAAGGACUGUUUGCAUGGCCAUGCAAAGACAGCUUCUGAAGGCUGUGAGAAUCUCCAGGACAACUCCAUUUGGAGUCAAGGGGCUGCGUGACGCUUCUCCGGAUGAAGGCUUGGCAGAGGACGUGGUGGUGGAAGGCAGAGCCGUGGAGCAGCUGGCGGAGGGUUUGCUGUCUCACUACCUGCCAGACCUGCAGAGAUCAAAGCAGGCCCUGCAGGAGCUCACACAGAACCAGGUUGUGUUAUUAGAUACACUGGAGCAAGAGAUUUCAAAAUUUAAAGAAUGUCAUUCAAUGUUGGAUAUUAAUGCUUUGUUCGCGGAGGCGAAGCACUAUCAUGCCAAGCUGGUGAACAUACGGAAAGACAUGCUGCUGCUGCACGAGAAGACCGCCAAGCUGAAGAAGAGAGCGCUUAAACUGCAGCAGAAGAGGCAGAAGGAAGAGCUGGAGAGGGAGCAGCAGCGGGAGAGGGAGCUCGAGAGGGAGCAGCAGCUCACGGCCAGACCAGCUCACAGGCCCUGAGGCGCCGGGCUGUGCUCCUCUGCUGGGGCGCAGGGGCGCCGGCGUAGACCUCCGUGGUGGGUUGGGUCCUCUUCUGGGAUCGUCGUCUCUGCCACUGAGCAAGCCUUCUAAGCACCAGACACAGUGUCACGCGGUUUGGAUAUUUAUAUGUGAUUUUUCAACUUUACGUUCUUUAUUAUACAAUCUUCAUUUUGGCCUUGAGUUGUUUGUGAACUGGAAAACUUUGAUUCUCACAAGGAUGUAGGCUGCAUUGUCAAAAUCAGUGUGAAUUUGUCGCCUGUGAGUGUAAUUUUGAAGGUCUUGGUUUCUUUUUUCGGUCU